CAGUGCGCUGCAGCAGCUGCUGACGUUCUCCCCAGCUAUGGACAACUUGAAGUCGGCGCUCUCUCUAGCGUCGUCGAGCUCGUAUGCUCCGGAGGUGGACGUCUGAGCGGAUUACGAACGUGAGGUCAUUUCAACAACGGAGGAGAAAGCCAUUGUUUGUCGUUGUUCGACAGAACGUAGCGGAGCAACAUGCCUGUUUCAACUCUUCUGCCUUUCACAACCACCCCGAGUAGGAAGUCUUCCAACCCGACCUCCUUCAGGUUGACGGAGAAAUUUAUUCUGCUUUUGGUGUUCAGCGCCUUCAUUACGCUGUGCUUCGGAGCGAUUUUCUUCCUGCCCGACUCGACUAAGCUUCUCAGCGGAGUUUUCUUUCACUCCUCCGCCGUGGAGACCAACACCCGCACCGGACCGGACGGUGGAGGAGGAGAGUCCGGCUCGGCUGCAAGCGACGAGAAGGUCCUGUCCAAAAUCAAAAAGGACCACGAGAAAGCCUUGUUGGAGGCCAAGGAUACUCUGCAGAAACGUCCCGAUGAAAUCAAGCAAGACAUUUUAAACGAGAAGGAGAAAGUUGCCAAGGAGAGUUUGGGGCAAGGUGGGAAGGUUGUCAAUGACCUACCUUACGUCGAGUACCAGAGACCCCCGGGUGCCACGGGACGCGAGCCCCUGGACCACACAACAAGAGAGCGGCGGGCGAAAAUCAAGGAGAUGAUGAAACACGCGUGGGACAGCUACCGACGCUACGCCUGGGGUUCCAAUGAACUUAGGCCUGUUUCCAAGCAAGGCCACUCCAGCAACCUGUUUGGAAGCAUCAAGGGCGCCACCAUCGUGGACGCUCUGGAUACGCUCUACAUCAUGGAGAUGUUUGAGGACUUUGACGCCGCGACCGAGUGGGUGGAGAAGAACCUGGACUUCAACGUGAAUGCCGAAGUGUCCGUCUUCGAGGUGAACAUCCGCUUCGUGGGAGGCCUUCUGUCGGCGUACUACCUGUCCGGCAAAGAGGUUUUCCGCAGAAAAGCGGUGGAGCUGGGAGAAAAACUGCUCCCGGCCUUUAAAACGCCGACAGGAAUCCCCUGGGCCUUGCUCAACCUCAAAAGCGGAAUCGGUCGCAACUGGCCGUGGGCGUCGGGCGGCAGCAGCAUCCUGGCCGAGUACGGAACGCUGCAUCUGGAGUUCAUGCACCUCAGCAAGCUGUCGGGAAACCCGGAAUUUGCUCAGAAGGUGAUGAACAUCCGCAAAGUUCUGAAUCGCUUGGAUAAACCUCAGGGACUGUACCCCAACUACCUGAACCCAAACAGCGGCCAGUGGGGUCAACAUCAUGUGUCGGUGGGCGGCCUGGGUGACAGCUUUUACGAGUACCUGCUCAAAGCCUGGCUCAUGUCCGACAAGACUGACGAGGAGGCCAAGAAGAUGUAUUAUGACGCCCUGCAGGCCAUCGAGAGCAACCUGAUGAGGAAGUCGAGCAGCGGCUUGACGUACAUCGCCGAGUGGAAGGGGGGCCUUCUGGAGCAUAAAAUGGGUCACCUGACCUGUUUUGCCGGCGGCAUGGUGGCGCUGGGUGCCGACGGGGCGCCCGACGACAAGACGGGCCACCAGAUGGAGGAAGCGGCGGAGAUCGCCAGGACCUGUCACGAGUCCUACACCAGAACAGCAUUGAAGCUGGGCCCGGAGGCGUUCCGUUUCGACGGCGGUGUGGAGGCCAUCGCCACGCGGCAAAACGAAAAGUAUUUCAUCCUGCGGCCCGAAGUCAUCGAGACCUACAUGUACAUGUGGAGGUUCACCCACGACCCCAAGUACAGGGAGUGGGGCUGGGAGGCCGUCAUGGCCUUGGAGCAGCACUGUAAGGUGGAGGGCGGCUACAGCGGCAUCAGGGACGUCUACGGGUCCACGCCCAACCACGACGACGUGCAGCAGAGCUUCUUCCUGGCCGAGACGCUUAAGUAUCUGUAUUUGCUGUUCUCCGACGACGAGCACGUCUCGUUGGAGCACUGGGUCUUCAACACGGAGGCUCACGCCCUGCCCGUCAUCCGAAAGGAACCGCCGGAGAGGACCAACGAGGUGGAGUAGGAGCAACUUUGGAGAACCUUGUACAAGCCCGCUAAGGUUCGAAUUUCUGACGACUGGAAAAUGACUUCCUUUUUUUUUUUUUAACACUUCAUUUCACGGGAUCCGAUUUUGUCUGUCUCGUCUUCUCUCGGGUACUAUUUUAUUUUUUGCACUCUCAGAAGUGGUCCUGUUUCUUUUCUUGCCUUCCCGCGAUGACUUUUUUUCCAAAGAGCGUUGAAAGGCCAGGAUAUCUCGGGCGCCAUCUUAAGCGCCGGCGAGAGAAUGACGAGACGGACGGACGGCGUCACCGCCACGUCACCCUUGACGUGGAAACGACUAAUUUGGCCUUCAAGAGACGGAGAUGGGAAGUUUUCACCCGCUACCCAGCCACGUCGCUUCCUGUGAUCGUGUUUACAAGAGGACGCAAUCGUCGGCGUCUUAGCGUUUUUAUCUUUGACAGCUUUUACUUCUUCAGUUUCAAACCAACAUCGUAGCAUUGGAAGGCACUUGAAAAGCCCAAAAAAAAAAAAAGAACUGUAAUUUGAGGUAUGACUUAAUGCUAAAAUCUGCAACCAACAAUGUAGCAUUGUGAGGCUAGGACGAGCUUAGCGUGAGCUUUGUGUCCAAUAAUUCUGCCAAGCGGCGAGCCGCCCCAUUCUGUUUUUGAUGUUUUUCUUCAGCCGCAGCAUGAGAAGGGCUGUCAGAGCCGCUUCAAGCCAUCGUCGCGUCCUUGUAAGUUGUGUCAGCGGCGGCGGCGCUGCCGUUUGACAGAUGCUUGUUGGGUCGCCGGCCGUGUCCCCGCGCCGCCUCGCUCAAAAGUCACUCUUCAUCUUUGUGCCUUCGCUGCCAGGGAAUAUGUUCAAGGCCGUGAUAUAGAGAGACCAUAUCAUAUUUUGUUUUUUUUUUCCCAAAAUAUUUGAUGAGAUAUCACAUUUUAAAUCGGAAGAGUUUAAUCAAACUAUCACUUUUUAAUCAUUUCGCUUCUAAUGUCAGUUUCGCCUCGAGAUGCAAGUUAAAUUUGUUUCUUAACCACGCUUGUAUAUUGAAUCAUCUGUGUUCACAUCGGGUUACCACAACACCUUAAUCAACUUGCAAGUGUCCGCCACUUGAUGAGAGCGUGUAUUGUCUGUACAACAGUGACACCUAGUGGAGGAAAGGCUCAAUAGCAGCCGAUUGCAAUGUAGUCGUGGUUAACCUGAUGAUGUGACACCAGGAGAAGUUUUUUCAACUUUGUUUUCUCACCUGAGCAGUGUUCAUUUUGAUGACUUGCAUUACCUUCGUAUCAUUAAUUUGUGAUAUUUUUUUGUAGUUUUCCGUUAGUUUGGGAUAGUCAUGAUUUGUUGUGUUAAUUUAUUAUUGUCGCUGUGUAAGUUUGUCAUUUCCAGGGAACGUCAAUAAUGGCUAAGACAAAUCAAGUCGGGCGCAACGAAAACAGCAGAGGGUCAAAUGAGAAAGCAUGACAAUGUGCGACCGUACCAGCCAAUGUGAAGUGAAUUCAGUUUCACACCUUUCAGUUUCAUUUUAGACUUUAAAACUUUUACUUUGUUUUUACUUUGUUUUAAAUGUAAUAUUGAUUUAUAUAGAACAUUUUACAACAUACUGGGUAAAAAGACAUUUCAACUAAAAAAUGACAGUUUUGGCAAAGGUUUCGGUUCAUUCAGUAGUUCAAUUCAAAAAGUGGAACGCACACAAGAUUUCAUAAAGAUCCCAAGAAAUCCUUUUCGAAAGGCUUUGUUUUGCUGCGGCAUGUUUAUCUUCAAAAUAUUUUCAAGACUGGGAGCAUAUGUCAAAUAUAUUUGACAUGACCUUUGACUCUUGAAUUCAACUAGUGAAUGAAACAAAGUUUCCAAUUGAGACAAAUGUGCACUUUGGGAUAGUUUUGGAAGACACCCAGUUGAAGUUUCCGAAAUAGUUGAUGUUUUAAAUUGUAUACAACGCGCGACUCAUAUUGUGUUAAAAUUUGUGACAUCUUGGGACGUGAACAUUUUCGGAGAAUCAUUCCAUUAUUUUUUGCUGUGUUAAUGCAAUAUUUUCAUGAUGAACAGAUGUUUUAUGAUUUUGUUUUGGGGAAAAAUAUAUUAUUAUUAUUAUUACUAAGAUUAUUGUAAAUAUCAGGUAGUGGCCGAAAAGCCGCUGGACAUUUUAUUAAGGUUUGUGGAUUCAAAAUGAGAUUAAUGCGCUGCAGACUUUUUAAAAAAUUAUAUUUGUUACACUUGUAUAAUCAACAAUAAAAAGAAGAUUUUAAUAUUA